AUGAGUAAUGCCAAUGCAGACCCUCCGCACGAUAAUAGUGUUGGCCUCGACGACGAAGACCUCGCAGAGCUAUCUCGCCUUGCAAAACUCGACGACAUCAAAGAUGCAAUGAUUUUCAUUGAAGCCCUUCGUAGUGCAACAUUAGACAACGGAUUAAUCAGUUUUGAUCCAGACGCUCUAGAACGCCUUCGCAACCCACCUCGAGAAGUUCUGAGUAUUGAUGAUCCCGACGUACUCCUCUCGUUAAAGCUGUUCCUCGCCGACACCACCGAGGCUGCUUAUAAUUCCAUACGUAACGCUAUCAUGGAACGUUUUCCCGAUUGCGAAGUCUUAUCAUACUAUCAAGUCCGUCGUCGUGUUGCCCUUCUUAGCGGAAUUCAACCUAUUGUGCACGACAUGUGCAUAGACUCGUGUGUAGCAUUUUGUGGGCCCUGGCGACACCACGACAAGUGUCCCAAAUGCGGGCAAGAUCGGUAUGACCAGAAUAUCUUGCGGAAAAGUCGAGGGAGAAAAAAGGUGCCCGUUCGUGUCUUCGAGACUAUCCCCGUCGCCGACCAGAUUCAAGCACUUUGGAGGGACCCUAUCAGCGUGCAAAAGAUGCGGUAUCGGGAUGACGCAACCAACGUGCUUCUUGAGAAG